AGCGAGUCGCAGCAGCCUCCUCCUCACAUCUACCUCGCUAUGUCAGUAUUAGCGCCGAUUAUCUGUGACAAUGGCACUGGAUACUCCAAAGUCGGCUUCGCAGGAAAUUCAGAUCCAUCCUUUGUAUUCCCGACAGCUAUUGCGACGCGCGGCUCCGGUCCCCAGUCCUCGAACGCCCCCGCCGUCCCAUCCAAGCCUGGGCAUCUCGCAUCGAAACGUGGAGUAGAAGACUUGGAUUUCUUCAUCGGCGAUGAAGCAUUGGCAAACGCAAAGACUCCAGGAUACGGGGUACACUACCCCAUUCGCCACGGCAUGAUCGAUAAUUGGGACCACAUGGAGCGCUACUGGGAGCAGACGAUCUUUAAGUAUCUGCGCGCAGAGCCUGAGGACCACUACUUUCUUCUGACUGAACCGCCCCUCAACGCGCCGGAGAACAGAGAACAAACUGCCGAAAUCUUCUUCGAAUCGUUCAACAUCCAAGGUCUGUACAUCGGCGUUCAGGCUAUUCUCGCCCUUGCCGCGUCGUGGUCCUCAAAGCGCGUGGAACAUCGUACUUUGACCGGCACCGUCAUCGACUCCGGCGACGGUGUGACCCACGUCAUUCCUUGUGCGGAGGGGUAUGUUAUCGGGAGCGCAAUCAAGCAUAUCCCCAUCGCUGGACGAGACAUCUCUCAGUUCGUUUUGAACCUGAUGCGAGAGCGCGGAGAGAUGGCUUCUGUCCCUCCUGAAGAUCAGCUGCGUGUGGCUAGCCGAGUGAAGGAGAACUACAGCUAUGUCUGCCAAGACAUCGUCAAGGAGUUCAGAAAGUACGAUGCGGAACCGUACAAGUACUUUGAACGAUAUGACGGUGAGCACAGCGUCACGGGACGGAAAUACUCGAUCGAUGUUGGCUACGAACGAUUCCUUGCGCCCGAGAUCUUCUUCAACCCGGAAAUCUACUCUUCGGAUUUCUUGACUCCACUGCCGGAGAUCGUCGAAGAGGUCAUCAAACAGUCGCCGAUUGAUGUUCGGCGGGGUCUUUACAAGAAUAUUGUGCUGUCCGGCGGCUCUACGAUGUUCCAACACUUUGGCCAGCGCUUGAAGCGUGACCUGAAGCAGCUUGUGGACCGUCGUUUGGCCGCUAGUGUGACUGCCAGUGGGGGGACCCAGCAGUCAUCCGGUGUCGAAGUGGAUGUCAUCUCGCACAAACGUCAGCGGUAUGCUGUGUGGUACGGUGGUUCGCUGUUGGCCUCUCUGGACGAGUUCUACACUUCUUGCCACACGAAGGCACAGUACGACGAAAUCGGCCCUAGCAUUUGCCGGCGCUACCAGAUCUUCGGUAGUGCGACGUAGCACAGUACGAUACAACAGCUGGAUUAUAAUAUUAUGGGCGCCAUCCAAACAGCGAU